AUGAGUAGCUUUGUCACCGGUGUGUCCGAUGCUAUUGAAGAAGAGUGCCGAGCAGUAAUGCUCCACGGCAACAUGGAUAUCUCUAGGUUGAUGGUACAUGCUCAACAAGUGGAAGAGUCAAGGCUUAGAAAGAGGAAUCGAGAGGUGAAGAGGCCAAGGGCCGAUGAGGGAAAUGUAUCUAAGGAUAAGUUUGAAGGUCAAGUGUCAAGUGAGGGAAUUGAAGUAGAUCCAAAGAAAACGGAGGCGGUUAAGAAAUGGCCUAGACCUUUAAGCCCUUCCGACAUUAUACAUUUUUUGGGAUUGGCCGGUUACUAUAGGAGGUUUGUUGAGGGUUUCUCCUCAAUUGCUUCUCCUUUAAUGGCCUUGACCCAAAAUAAGGCUAAAUUUGAAUGGUCGGAGUCAUGUGAAAAGAAUUUUCACCUGUUGAAAGAUAAGCUUAUCUCCACUCCGGACUAUGAUAUGAGUGCCCUAUAUCACCCCAAAAAGGCUAAUUUAGUUGCAUAUGCGUUGAGUAGAGUGUCCAUGGUUAGUGUUGCUCACAUAGAGGAUGAGAAGAAGGAGUUAGUUCGGGAGGUACAUAGGUUGGCCCGGUUAGGUGUCCAACUAAGGGAUUCCUCCAAGGGUGGGUUUAUGGUUCAUCAUUGUUCUGAGUCAUCACUUGUGGUUGAGGUUAAGUCCAAGCAACACCUAGAUACCACUUUGAUGGAGUUAACAGAGUCGGUUCUUGAUAAGUCCGUUGAGGCUUUCUCCCAAGGGAGAGAUGGGGUACUUAGGUAUCAAGGAAGAUUGUGUGUGCCGGAUGUAGAUGACUUAAUGGGGAGAAUUUUGGAAGAGGCUCAUGGUUUCCGAUAUUCCAUUCAACCGGGAGCCACCAAAAUGUAUCGUGACCUACGAGAUCUAUUGGUGGAAUGGAAUGAAAGGGGAUAA